AUGGGCUGUUCCAUCAAUCAUAUUUAAAUUAUCGAAAAUCAUUCAUAUACCUUAGAAAUUACUUAAGACUUAUAAGAAGAUGAAAUUUCUAUACUUACCAUUCAUGAAGGUAUUAAAUGCUUAAAAACUAAUAUUGAACAAAACAAAUUAAAUUAUCCUGAUGAUAUUAUAGUAAAUCAAGUCUAAGAAUAAUUUAUAUACAACUUGAGUUCUUAAUCAUCAAGUGUCUCAUUAGAUUGUCCAGUUAAGAAAUCAUGCUUAAAAUAAAUAAAUCAAAAUUGCUUAACCCUUUUUAAAUAUGCAUCUAAAAAGAAAGUUCAAUUUAAUAUCUCUUCCUAAAAGUUUUCAAAAAAAAGGAAAUAUUAAAAACGAUAAAGGUCACAUUACAAAUAACCAAUUGAUUUAGAUGAAAUCUUUUGA